AUGGCCGAGAAGCGGAGGGGCUCGCCGUGCAGCAUGCUGAGUCUCAAGGCGCACGCCUUCUCCGUGGAGGCGCUCAUCGGCGCCGAGAAGCAGCAACAGCUUCAGAAGAAGCGGCUAAAGCUGGGCGCAGAGGACGCGGCCGGGCCGGCGGACGACGGAGGCUGCAGCCGCGGCGGCAGUGGCGGCGGCGCGGGUGAAAAGGGCUCCUCGGAGCGAGACGAAGGCGCAGCGCUCCCGCCGCCAGCCGGGGCGGCGUCCGCGCCGGGCCGGAGCUGCUCAGACUUGGAGGGGAGCUGCGGCUCCCGCGGCGCCGCGGGCAGCUGUGAGGACGGCUUCCUACAGGGCGCUUCGCCUCUGGCGUCCCCCGGAGGCUCCCCAAAGGGGUCCCCCGCGCCCGCCCUAGCCCGGCCCGGGACCCCGCUGCCUUCACCGCAGACCCCACGGGUGGAUCUGCAGGGAGCUGAGCUCUGGAAGCGCUUUCACGAGAUUGGCACGGAGAUGAUCAUCACCAAGGCGGGCAGGCGCAUGUUUCCAGCAAUGAGAGUGAAGAUCUCUGGAUUAGAUCCUCACCAGCAAUAUUACAUUGCCAUGGAUAUUGUGCCAGUGGACAACAAAAGAUACAGGUAUGUUUACCACAGCUCUAAAUGGAUGGUGGCGGGUAACGCAGACUCCCCUGUGCCACCCCGAGUGUACAUUCAUCCAGACUCGCCUGCCUCCGGGGAGACUUGGAUGAGACAAGUGAUCAGCUUUGACAAGCUGAAGCUCACCAACAAUGAACUGGAUGACCAAGGCCAUAUUAUUCUUCAUUCUAUGCAUAAAUACCAACCUCGAGUGCAUGUCAUCCGUAAAGACUGUGGAGAUGAUCUUUCUCCCAUCAAGCCUGUCCCAUCCGGGGAGGGAGUGAAGGCGUUCUCCUUUCCAGAAACUGUCUUCACAACUGUCACUGCCUACCAGAAUCAGCAGAUUACUCGGCUGAAGAUAGAUAGAAACCCAUUUGCCAAAGGCUUCCGAGACUCUGGGCGUAACAGAAUGGGUUUGGAAGCCCUGGUGGAGUCAUACGCAUUCUGGAGACCUUCAUUACGGACUCUCACCUUUGAAGAUAUCCCUGGAAUUCCCAAGCAAGGCAAUGCAAGCUCUUCCACCUUACUCCAGAGUUCUGGGAAUGGUGUCCCUGCCACCCACCCUCACCUUUUGUCUGGCUCCUCUUGCUCCUCUCCUGCCUUUCAUCUGGGGCCUAACACCAGCCAGCUGUGUAGUCUGGCCCCGGCUGACUAUUCCACCUGCGCCCGCUCAGGCCUUGCCCUCAACCGAUACAGCACAUCCUUGGCGGAGACCUACAACAGGCUCACCAACCAGUCCGGCGAGACCUUCGCCCCACCAAGGACUCCUUCCUAUGUGGGUGUGAGCAGCAGCACCUCCGUGAACAUGUCCAUGGGUGGCACUGAUGGCGACACCUUCAGCUGCCCACAGACCAGCUUGUCCAUGCAGAUUUCGGGGAUGUCACCUCAGCUCCAGUAUAUCAUGCCUUCACCCUCCACCAACGCCUUUGCUACUAACCAGACCCAUCAGGGUUCUUAUAACACUUUCAGGUUGCACAGUCCCUGUGCUUUGUAUGGAUAUAACUUCUCCACAUCCCCUAAACUGGCUGCCAGUCCUGAGAAAAUUGUUUCUUCCCAAGGAAGUUUCUUGGGAUCCUCACCGAGUGGGACCAUGACUGAUCGGCAGAUGUUGCCCCCUGUGGAAGGAGUGCACCUGCUUAGCAGUGGGGGUCAGCAGAGUUUCUUUGACUCCAGGACCCUAGGAAGCUUAACUCUGUCAUCAUCUCAAGUGUCUGCACAUAUGGUCUGAUGCAACCUCUAAGUUAAAAUACAUUUGAAUCUGUCUAAUGUAUUUUCUUCCUUCUUUUUUAAAGCAAGGUGGAAAGAAAACUAUCUGUAGCUUGUAAAAUGUACAUAUAUUAGAAA